AUGGUUUUAUGGCGAAAGAGUUUUAGAUCUUUCGUAAGCUAUAGAAUCGCUCCCAUCAUUACCCAAACAUUUGUGCCAUUUAGCAAGACGGGAAUGAAGAUUGGACUGGCGUCAGCAUCACCACCACUGCAUUCUCCAAGAAGAGCGCUACGAACUUCGUCGAAGAGAAGUCUCGGCGUAGGAGACCAAUACGAGGAACUGAAGGAUCUGCUGUCGGAUUCAGACGGCUGGGAUGAAGACCUUCACGUUGCGCCUGUGCGAGUGAAUGAACGCAAGGAACUCAAGAGUUUGCGUGAUCAGUCAGGCAGAGUAGCCGGCGAAUUCUCUGAUGCUGAUGAUUCCAUCAUCUGCGAGUUGUUACGCUCGAGGAAGGACUCCAACGCAAAGGCAGAGAAACAUCUCGCUGGAGCCUCCACGAAAUCCUCUGGAAAACCCCUAGCCAGGAGCUCCUUCUCUAGUCUCGCGUCUGAAGAGAUUCGCAGGCCAUUGGUCGAAAGCACUCAGCAAGCUGAUAUAUAUUCCAGUGAGGAUAGUCGAUUACUGCUCUCGCUGCUGCGAGGGAACAAUCCACAUAGAGAAGAGCAAGACGAUGUACAGGAGGCCUUAAGGUCUGCGCCAGGAACCGCAUCUGAGGCGGUCCUCGAAGAAGUUGAAUGUGCGACCGAACAGCAGGAAGAAAGAAAUGACACUCGACCGCUAGAACCUCUUAAUGUGGAGAAUCCCGACCGGAUCAAGUCCGAGGACACAUCUGAUGUCUGCAUCAUCGAGGACGCGGAACCUGUUGCUGCUGAUUCUCCGAAGAUCGCAGAUAUGUCGGACUACCGAGUACCAGAGAAUGAGAGCUCCAGGAGAUCCUGUCAAGACAAUAAAAGUCUCAAGAUAAUAGACGAACAAAAGGUUGUGCGAUAUGCUGACAAGUUUACUCUCCUGACACAACGGAAUUGCAUACCGACUACGCAAGAGAUAGAGAAUAGAUUAAAACUGAAUCCAAAGGGUAAAGUGAUAGUUCCAGUCAGAUUGAGCAGAGAGCAAGAAGAUGUCAUACGUCUUGCUGAGGCUGGCCAUAAUAUUUUCUACACCGGAAGUGCAGGAACCGGUAAAUCGGUGUUAUUGCGCGAGAUGAUCAAGGUGCUGAAAGAGAUUUAUGGACAUGACCAAGUUGCUGUGACUGCAUCCACUGGACUUGCAGCAUGUAACAUAGGUGGUGUAACGCUACAUUCAUUUGCUGGGGUUGGGCUAGGAACCGGAGAGGUUACGAACAUCUAUAGAAAAGUGAGAAGGUCGAGAAAGCACGUCAAAAGAUGGGAAUCCGUAAGUGCACUUAUUAUUGACGAAAUUUCAAUGCUGGAUGGAGAACUCCUUGACAAACUAGAUUUCAUUGCCCAGAAAAUACGGAAAAAUCGCAAGCCUUUUGGAAACAUACAGCUCAUUUUCUGUGGUGAUUUCUUUCAGUUGCCUCCUGUCACUAAAGAUCCGAAUAGUUCUACUAAGUUUGCUUUUGAAUCUAACGUUUGGAAAGAAGGUAUAGACGUAACCAUUAUGCUGACUAAGGUAUUUCGACAACAGGGUGAUUCCAGGUUUAUCGAAAUGUUGAACAAGAUGAGAUUGGGCCAAAUCGAUGGGGAAACUGAGAGAGAAUUCAAGAAAUUGAGCAGGCCACUUCCUCAAGAUGAAAUUAUACCAGCAGAAUUGUAUAGCACUAGGAAUGAAGUUGAGAGAGCGAAUAAACAGCGAUUAAACAGAUUACCAGGUAAGGCCCAUGUCUUCCAUGCCAUUGAUGGUGGUGUGCUAGAAGAUCGUGAAAUGAAGGAGAAAUUACUGCAGAAUUUCUUGGCUCCAAAAGAAUUGCAACUAAAGAUCGGUGCGCAGGUUAUGAUGAUAAAGAAUAUUGAUGCAACUCUGGUCAAUGGCUCACUGGGAAAAGUUAUAGAUUUUAUUGACCCUGAGACGUAUAUGUUCUAUGAAACCAUUGUGAGAAAUCCAGACCUCCCUCCAGGCGCCUUAGCAAAGCUGAAAGAUAAUCCCGAACUGCUGAGAGAAACGUGGAAUGAAUUCCGCGAAGAGAGUGAGAAUGACACCCCAGUGCGUCAAAAAACCACUAAGGAUGCGUUCUGUAGAGGCGAUCCGGACGAGUCGGUUGCCCAGUUGGGGGAAUCAAUUUUUGACUUCUUGAAAGACGCUAGUUCAGAUGAUAUUGAGACAAGAAGCAAUCUCGAUCGCAAGAGGGAGUUAUUAAGACAAGUUCAUGAAAGCUCCAAGGGAAAGAAAAGACUACCGCUUGUAAGGUUCAAAACUUCAGAUAUGUCUACAAGGACGAUACUGGUUGAGCCAGAGAGCUGGGCUAUUGAAGAUGAAAAUGAGAAACCUUUGGUUUCAAGAAUCCAAUUACCACUGAUGCUUGCAUGGUCUUUAUCUAUUCACAAAUCUCAGGGACAAACAUUGCCCAAAGUGAAAGUCGAUCUGCAAAGAGUAUUCGAAAAGGGCCAAGCUUAUGUGGCGUUAUCGAGAGCGGUCUCUAGGGAGGGAUUACAAGUCUUGAAUUUUGACAAAACAAGGAUAAAUGCACAUCAAAAAGUUAUAGAUUUUUACUCAACGUUGAUAACAGUCGAACAUGCCAUCAAAAAAUUGGAAGCUGAAGCUGGCACAACAAGCUUACGCAAGAAACGCAAGACUAGUACAGGACCUUCGGCUACAGGCAUUUCAGCUCGAACGAAGCAAGCAAGAUCUAGAUCUAGAACUCCGGCUGGUACCUCUAGCCCAUCAAGCCGCAUUGCUACAAUGCUGAUGAAUAAAGUACAGGGAAAACCACUGAUUAACGGGCAGCCGCACGAACCCGUGGAUAUUUUUACAGAUCGCAAGACAGGUGCCUAUUCCCACGAGGCAUGA